AUGUCCAAGAUUUUCCUUCCCGCUCCCCCGCCGCCCACCGCGCUCGGCCGCCACCGCCGUCUCUCCUCUCUCGCAGGUGUGCACGUCUCCCCGAUCUGCCUUGGAGGCGCAAGCAUCGGCGACAAGUGGAAUGAGGGAGGGUUCGCCGGUGCGAACAAAGAGGACAGCAUUAAGCUGCUCGACGCGUUCUACAACGCCGGUGGGAAUUUCAUCGACACCGCGAACGGCUACCAGGACGAGGAGUCCGAGAAGAUUAUCGGGGAGUGGAUGGAGGCGCGCGGGAUCCGUGACCAGAUGGUCAUUGCCACGAAGUACACGUCUAACUACAAGAGGGGAAGGACGGACAUCAAGCAGCAGAGCUCUUACAUCGGGAACAGUUCGAAGUCGCUGCAUAUCUCGGUCGAGGAGUCACUCAAGAAGCUGCGCACGUCGUACAUCGAUAUCCUCUAUGUCCAUUGGUGGGAUUACACCACCGGCAUCGAGGAGCUCAUGAACAGCUUGCAUGCAUUGAUCCUCGCAGGCAAGGUCCUGUACUUGGGUAUCUCCGAUACGCCCGCUUGGAUUGUUUCCAGCGCGAACAGGUAUGCGCGUAUGAGCCAUCAGACGCCGUUCGCGGUGUACCAAGGCGCAUGGAGCGUCCUCGAGCGCGACUUCGAGCGCGAAAUCAUCCCGAUGGCGAGAGCGGAGGGUAUGGCGCUCGCGCCCUGGAACGUCCUUGCUGGUGGCAAGAUCAGGUCAGACGCGGAGGAGCAGCGUCGGCGCGAAACUGGCGAGAAGGGCCGGACGGCCUUCAAUCCCGAAUGGGAGCGCAACGAGACCGAGCGCAAGGUCGCGGGUGUGUUGGAGAAGGUUGCCGCGCAGGUCGGCGCGCCCAACAUCCAAGCCGUCGCGAUCGCGUAUUUGCUGCAGAAGACGCCGUACGUCUUCCCCAUCGUCGGCGGGCGCAAGGUCGAGCACCUGCACGCGAACAUCGCGGCUCUCAGCGUCGCGCUCAAUCCCGAACACAUCAAAGAGAUCGAGGGCGCAGUGCCGUUCGACGUCGGCUUCCCUGUUAGCAUGAUUGGCGAUGGACUCGAUUACGGGAUGACGUACAGCAGCACGGGUCACUUCGACGCUUGGCCUGUCGCCCAGGCCAUUCGACCUAAGGUAUCGAAGUAG